CUAACACUCCCUCUCUUGAUUAAUCCCUUUCCCGCAUGAGAUUAUAGCAGACAAGAAGUAGGAAGGAGGCGGAUUCUCUUUCCAUUUCUUUACUGAAGGGGAAAAUCUUGGGAAUUCGUGAAAACCUCUGAUUCCAGGCUAAGGGUGGAUAAAGCACUAUUUGUAACAUUCAGAUAAGUGGAAAUGAAUAUUAAGAUACUUAGCUGGUUCAAACCGUCAGACCAUCACGAAUAUUUACAUAUUGACCUCGGGCAGCAUCAAUAUGGAAAUUUUUCGAUGGCAACCGUAAAAGGUAAUGCAAUUGUAGAGGAUCAGAGCCAAAUUGAAUCGGGUCCAAUUGGUUUGAAAGAAGAAGGUCCAUUUGGCACAUUUGUAGAAGUAUAUGACGGGCACGCUGGUCCGGAUGCUUCUAUCUUUACAAGAGAGAAACUUUUCGGAAUCCUUCAAGGACACAUUAUAAACAAAGGGAGAAUGUCAACUGAAGUUCUCAUUGAUUCAAUUGCUGAACUGGAAAACCAAUAUUUAGGAUUGGUUAGAGAAAACUUACCAGGUAUGCUAUUACAAGAGACAUCUUGUGUGGUUGGUAUGGUGUCUGGAGGUCAAAUAUACAUAGCGAAUGUUGGGGAUUCUAGAGCAGUUAUGGGGACAGUGGUUAGGACAAAAAGUCAGGUCAAAGCAGCGUUUGAGCGAAAGGGUAUUCAAGCUGUCCCCUUAACAAUAAACCACAGCAUGAAACUGAAUUCUGGGGUCCAAGACUUUAAUACUCGGCAGUUAAAAUAUGUCCAUACGGAUGACUAUUUACGUGCAAAGGCUUACAUCCGGACAUCAAGAACGAUUGGUGCAGCCUUUUUGAAAAUGAAAGAAUUCAACAAUUGCUCAGGGUUGUCGGAUACAUUAAGGUUCAAGGACAACAUUCGUUUCCCAAUUUUAUCGCAUGUACCAUGGACUAAAGCAGAGGUACUUAAUGCGGACAAUAAGUUUGUGAUAUUUGGUUCUCAUGGAUUCUGGGAUUUGGUUGAUGAGCAAAGAGUUGUGGAAAUCGUCUAUAAUUCGUCACAGAAAGGAAUAGCCAGAGUGUUGAUCAAACAUGCAUUGAAGAAGGUAGCAUUAGAUCAGGGGCUGACAUACCGAAAGCUAGAAAAACUAGAAGCUGGAUCGAGUUUAUCAUUUUAUGAUGACAUUAGUGUCGUAGUUCUUUUUCUGGAUCAUCAUAAGAUUAACAGCAACCGCGUCUCUCCAGAGUGUCCGAGAGUUGCAGUAAGGACCUAUGGAGCUAGCCGCUUCCUCCCCACUGCUGAUGGAGCUAGCACCAGUGGCAGCAAGAGCACCAAAGAAGCUGGCGGCAGCAUCUGGCAACAUGUACGGGGAAUUGGAUCAUCGUUUAGGAGCUAGCAGCAGCCUUAUGUAAAAUGAAAACUCUCAUGUGCAUCCCUUAAACACAAUCCACUUGUUAUGGAAGUGCAAAGAAUGUGUAUUGAGCCUUUA